AUGGAGCAAACUUCACCAGGGCAUGGCAACGCUGAAGAGCGGCUACCGUUGCAAUUUGUUGCCGUCUGCCGCCACGCCGAGCGUGCAGAUGAUAUGGGUGCGCUUCUGCAUGGAAUGCCAUGGUGUUUGACUCAGGACUCGAAGCAUUGGCCAUAUGACCCACCCCUGAGUGACACGGGCCUCGUCGAAGCCGAGGAACUUGGAGUGAGGCUACACAGGGUCCUUGGUGAGCUGGAUGCAGAUCUACAUGUCGUCAUCACAUCACCUUAUUUGCGUUGUGUUCAGACAGCUGCUUGUGUUUGCAAAAGCUCUGGAAAAAGCACGAAGCUACUCAUCGACAACUCCCUCGGGGAAAUUUAUGGGCCUUGCAUUAUGGGAAACGAGCCAGAGAAUCCGGUGCGGCCGCUUCAGCAGAGCACUGACUUCUGCCUGAAACAUGGAGUAGAGAGCCUGGAGGUUCGCAAAGUUCUUGGUCAGUGGCCAGCCUGGCCAGAGACCCUGAAGGGAGCCCGACAACGCUUUGCUGCGAGGUUUGUGGAUUACGUGAAACGCGGCUAUACGGCUCACCGAAACUUCUUGAUAGUCUCACAUGCUGAUUGUGUGGGUGGUGCAUUGACGCUGAUACCUUGUGGCACAUGUAGGCACAACGUAGAGAAAGUCAACUUUGCCGGACACUUCACACUGGUCAGUCCCAGAUGUGAAAGUGAAGCUUCCUCUGAAGCGGAAGUGGACCCGAUGCAGCAACUGGACAAAGCUGCUGCAGCCGCCGUGCGUCGCAUGGCAGCACUGAACCCAGACAAGCACUGGAGCCCCGAACUGAGCACUCCGACGCCCCGGUUUCGGCCUGACUGCGUGAGGAGCCGUGGUGCUGCUUUGGUCCGCCGUGAGGAGGCCUUGCAAGCGGUACGGGCAAAGAAGGAGUGGUCAAUCCUGCAAGGAUAUGACGAAGACCACCAUGCCGACGUCAGCGAUUUAGGCAACGACCUGGGUUCGGGCAUCUCGCUCGGAGAGGGAUGGUUUCUGCAGACGUCAGGUAUCGUGUUGCGUGGCAAGCGAAAAAGCCUUGCUUCAAGAGGCUCCCUGAUUGAUGAGGAGGUUGUGAGAGACUGGGGCAUUCCACUCUUGCUUCCGCCGGCGGAUGAGAGUCAAAGGUCACCCACUGACGGACAGGCAGAGCUUUGGUUCUCACAGUCCAUGGCUUCUGAGCUCCGUCGUGGCACGCCAUCCCUCCUUCCAGCUGAAAAUCUCGAAGAGCUUCUUAUGUUAUUGCGUGAGCGCUUUGGCUUUGAUUCAGACUGUGAAAUCACCUUCGAAAUGGACCCAGGGACAUUUUCCCAAGAGAAGGCCCGUCAAUUGGCAUCUUGUGGUGUUGUGCGGGCAAGCGUUGGAAUCCAGAGUCUAAGUGACGAGAUUUUAACUCGGUGUGGUCGCGGGCACACUGCAAAAGAAGCGAGAGAGGCGAUCCAGCUCCUGCAGACAUGUGGAUUUCGAAACAUUUCCGCCGACAUCUUGAGUGGAGUUCCUGGACAAACUGAGGCGCAGCUGAGAUAUGAGCUGCGUGAGUUGAACGAGUUGGGGAUAAAUCACCUGUCAGUCUAUGAUUUGCAGUAUGAGCAGGACACGGAUUUCGCCCGGCGGUUUCCGGAUCCGGGCGCCUCCGGUCGGCCGACAGAGGAAGUCGCAGCCCAACUCUAUGAAGCUGCUCACGACGAGUUGGAGGCGCUGGGCUUUGAGCACUACGAGAUCUCCAACUACGCGCGCAAAAGCACUGAGUCCGAGGGUCCGAGCCGCAACAGAUCACGGCACAAUCAGACAUACUGGCAGCGCAAGCCGUAUGCAGCCUUCGGAAAUGGUGCUGCCUCUUUCGUUGCGGGAUUGCGCGCGACUCGUCCGAGGGCAUUGAACGAGUACUGUGCUUGGAUCGAAAGUGGGGCACCCGCAUCUAUGUUGGAAAUGGAUACAUCGCAACGCGACGACUUGCGAGAUGCUAUGUUCGAAGCGGUUAUGCUUGGCCUACGUACUUUGGAGGGCAUAGAUAUGGAGGCGGAGGGCCCUGAGGCAACCCAGUAUCUUCUCGCUGUGGCUCGAGCCUUGAAGCCAUGGGAGGAGUCUGGCGAUCUACGCAUGGACUGCUCUUGCACUGGCAACAGCCAGUGCAGCCUCACUGCAGCUCUGCUUCCGCCCAAGGGUUUUCUGGUGUCAGAUGCCGUCCUCUCAGAUGCGUUGGCGGCAGUUCUGAGUGUGGAAGACCCGGAGUGGCAGCAGCUAUUGGAGUCGCUGCCGCAGGCUCCUCUUGCAAAAGAGGAGGGCCGCCGAUCCAGCGGGAGGUUCUCGGUUUGCUCCUUAGAGUUGUUCACAGGAACUUCAACGAGCAAUUCCUGGACGAAGGGCCCCAGGGCGAGUUCGCUUAACGAUGAGCUGGAAAGCACCAGCAUUUGGACUGGCCAGACGCUGGUGUCCAGCGCUUGGUCGGACAGCCUCCUCGUCCCUUCUCGUCAGAGUAUCAAGGUCGCCUAUGGCAGCCGCUCAUCCUUUCUGAGGCGAUACUCUUUUCCAGAUCAAGCUGGUGCGCAGGCAGCUUCAGCUGCAGCCCUGCAAGAAGCAAGUGCCCAAGGAGAGGCACACGCAUCAACACAGUCGGCGUCUGGCGAUCUGUCAGGUGUCCCACCUGUCUUGCUGGGUAAGGAAGAGAAGUUGCAAACUGAGCAAGGGGAUUCCCAGCUCAAGAAGGAAGAUUCUCUUCCAAGCAGGACCAUUCUGCCUCCAGUGUUGCCAGUGGAUUUAAAGGAAAAGCGCCGCGUCUUUGUUGAAGAAGAUCAAAUGCUGCUUCCGGACAAGUCCCCUCUCUACCAAAGGAGACGGGGAAGGAAGGGCAUCCUCAGCGAGGACUCCAUGGCCAAUGCUUCUACGUCUGAUGGUAUGGCCAUGGCUGCUCGCCAAAUCGCACCGUUUGCUUUGGAAGCACGGCGAAGCCGGCCCAUCCGCCUGGACAUUGAGAACCUUCAGGUCAAAACCGCAGCUUGA